AGGAUAUAAGAAUGAACAUGCAGUUACGUUGACUCUAUCGCUUUUGAUGAUUACGUUACCACGCGCUUCAACAUGCGGAAACUUGUACACUUUUGCUUGCGAUGACCUGCCUUUCGCUGCCUUCUCCCAUCUUCUCUAACAUUCUACCACCCAUCCUCCUACUGGUACUGACCUCUUCUAUUCCUCCAAUAGUUCAGAGUAUCGCAAGAGUCAGCGUUACUCUUCACUCCUUCUCUAACCCUGAGAAUAAACUACUGGACGGUUCAUAUUGUAACAGUGAUCAGUCGCCCUGUUUGCUUAAACUACUGGUUAAGUUUGAUGCUCCUUUUGUUGAAAGUUUUGUAACAAGCCAAGCGAAGUCGAGUGUGAUAAAUUUCCCGUUGGGAGAUGAUAUUCUGACAAACGACCACAGACGUGUUCCUAAUCCUUUCCCUGCUAAUUCAACUGUCACUGAUGCAAUAAGACUGAUAACAUUCAGUGUACGAGCAUUCGACUUCUCAUUCAACAGACAAGAUGUCGCCAAGUUUUCCUUCAGCAACUUCGCACAGUUUGGAACUGAGACCUACAUUUUAACCUCUGGAUAUUCACAGUUUAAUUUAACAACCAAUAUAACAUGUGAGACGGACUACUACGCUGACUGCUCAGUUCACUGCACCGAGACGGCCACAUCUUCAUGUAAUGAAACGGACGGCACUAAAGUCUGUAAACUUGGCUGGUCUGGCCCGGACUGCGAUAUUGAAUACGCUGUCCCUUGUAUGCCGAACACAAGUGCAUUGCACGCCAGUUUUACUCCUAACAAAGUAUCGUUCAACGAAAAUAACGUUGUCACCGUAACCUGCGACCAAGGUUACCAGCCUGCAUUAACCAACCUGACUUGCUUGAAGACUGGGUCUUGGAAUCCACACUGGCCUUACUGUCUGCAAAUAGAAUGUCCUAAACUGUUGAUUCCAAACGGAGAUGUUACCCCGAACACUGUGAUUCAAAACCCCUCUCCUAUUGGGACUAUUGCUAGCUUCACUUGCCUACCUGGUAACACAUUAACCGGUAACACAAUCCUAUCUUGUCAGAGUGACGGAUCUUGGAAUGGGACCGUUCCCGUCUGCAAUGUUAACAUGUGUCCAGACGUAAAAGGACCAGCAUCAGGUGUGGGUUACUACUUAGCGAACCCUCCAGCCCGACAUCCAGGAAACGUCUUCAAACAAAGCUGUGGUCGGUCUUACGUAGGACGAGGCCCAGAAGAGAGGUUGUGUCAAAACAACGGGACAUGGAGUGGUACUGCCAUCUCUUGUCAUCGCAAGUGUUCAAAGUUUGACGACAUGAACGGAAGGGUGGUGUACUCUACAGGAACACCAUCAGAGGACACCACUGCUACGUUUAGUUGUGAUGAAGGCAGCAGCCUAGUGGGCGAGAGAACUGCUCGUUGUCUUGCUGAUGGAAUAUGGAAUAUCACUGAUGCUCCUAAAUGUGUUCCAAGUUGCAGUUUAGAAUAUGGUAUUGAUGGAAAUGUUACAGUAUCUCCGUCGACCUACAAAACAGACUCUCUGGAAGUGGGGUACACUCUCACUUUUAGUUGUCAGGGUCCCUACCUUUCCUAUCUCUCCACAUCUCCCCUCAUGACCUGUUUAGAUACCGGAAAUUGGAACUCGACUGUCCCCUCUUGUAUUCCAAUAGUUGACAAUAUCGACAGGAAAAUAGACCGUCUCCUGAUCUCUGGCCUUUCAGUCUUGUCCGGAGUACUAGCUGCCUUCGCUGUCAUCAUCUUCAUCCUGUUCUACGUCAACAAGAAGGUUCUAGAUAGAACCAGACAAAUUCCCGACCAAGGAUCACAUAGCCGUCAAUCUCAACGCUCGAUUAGAUUGAACCAAAUUUCAAUAUCACAAUCAGAAGGACCCCGAAUAAAUCCGAGAAAGUGCAGUGGACAAAUGACAUUUGGUUCAAAUAUGGCCAACAGUCGGAACACAAAUAGAGUUUCCGUUGUAGGAAUAACCAAUCAGGCGUUUGUUGACGAUUUUUGAAAAGAUGGAAUGAGUAUGAACUAUUGAGAAUGCCAACAACUCUAACUGUAGGUGGAUAUAACUUAACGGAUAGAUAAGAACUGAUAGCAAGAUCAGUUCUACACAGUACACACUGAUCCGAACUUUGAACUUGAAGUCCGGACAGUUCACAAGGGGAAGCUAGAUUAAGACUUAAGAGUAAUUUCAAUCGAUCAGCUAAAAGUGAAGAAGAGGUAACUCAAACUGGAUUCUAGAAACUUGAGCCAGCUCACUGGUAUUGCAUAUAACGAUAUUUUCAUAGAGAUAAUUGUAUCAGAAAACGAAAAAAAAGCUAUGAGGUAUGUCUGAAAAAAUUAGCCAAGCUUAGCCUUAAGUCAUUUACAUUUUUGUCAUUUACAUUUUUGGUACAAAUUUAUCAAAAUCGGAGAAAAAAUGUUGUACCAACAUGGACCAUGGCAUUUAUUCAUUAUUACAUUGACGGGUAUGCUCACAGUUACAUGUCACAUCUGUGAUCUGCAUCAGCAAAAUUUAUUUAUUACCCAAAUCCCCAUUUCAAUUCCUUAACAUUGAAAAUGAACAUCAGAGCUUAACAUUUUGGAAAUAAUACCACCUAUCCAACGUUGCUAAAUACAACGUAAUUUUCGAUGGAUCACCAUAUUUUUAUUGGAUCGCCUUUAAAUUUACGCAUUACCCCAUACCUAGCUGUGUCCUGUAUAAUAUAGGUAACUAAUACAGAAAAUUAGAAAGGCCAUACCGAGUAAUGAGCAGAGUAAUAUGAUUUCCAAAUGUCAAUAAUAAGUGUUUACUUUAAACAUAAAUUUAGAUAAACUUAAACAUUAAAGGUGUCAAUGUUAUGUUUUUAUUUGGAGCAUGAUGAUUAUUGAUGAGUGGUAUUUUAUUUGAAACGUAUCACUAUCAGAUAACAACAUUUCAAUGUUUCCUC